AUGUCCAUCCAACAAACUCCAACCAACGGCUUGACUGGCAAGAUCUCGUCUCUCGACAUGACUAAUGCCAAAGGCACUGCCUUGACCGACAAGUUGGCCGCGGAGGCUGCUCAGAAAGACUCUUCUUCUUCUACAGACUCCAUCGUGGGCAAGCCUGAAAUCAACACCUCCUUGGAGGUGGACCCUGAGGAGACCGCCAAGGUGGCCAAGGAGAUCGAGGCUGCUGCCAAAGAGCACGAGAAGUUCUUGGCUUCUCACAAGGUCCAGCGUCACAAGUUGAAGGAGCAGGAGAAGGAUGAGCCUUUGUUGAUCGAAAACAAGCGCAGGUUCGUCUUGUUCCCUAUCAAAUACCACGAAGUUUGGCAGAUGUACAAGAAGGCCGAGGCUUCUUUCUGGACGGCCGAAGAGAUCGACUUAUCCAAGGACAUGCACGACUGGAACAACAGAAUGAACGACAACGAGAGAUACUUUAUUUCCAGAGUGCUUGCGUUCUUCGCUGCGUCCGACGGUAUCGUCAACGAGAACUUGGUGGAGAACUUCUCUGCUGAGGUGCAGAUCCCUGAGGCCAAGUGCUUCUACGGUUUCCAGAUCAUGAUGGAGAACAUCCACUCCGAGACCUACUCCUUGUUGAUCGACACCUACAUUAAAGACCCUAAGGAGGCUGACUUCUUGUUCAACGCCAUCGAAAACAUCCCUUGCAUUAAGAAGAAGGCUGACUGGGCAUUGAGGUGGAUCGCUGACGAGGAGGCCUUGUUUGCUGAAAGAUUGGUGGCCUUCGCUGCCGUCGAAGGUAUCUUCUUCAGUGGCUCAUUUGCGUCCAUCUUCUGGUUGAAGAAGAGAGGCUUGAUGCCAGGUCUCACAUUCUCCAACGAGUUGAUCUGCCGUGACGAAGGUUUGCACACCGACUUUGCCUGUUUGUUGUUCUCUCACUUGCAGAACAGACCCGACCCUUCGAUCGUCGAGAAAAUCAUCACAGAGGCCGUUGUUCUCGAAAAGGAGUACUUCACCGACGCCUUGCCAGUGUCUCUUUUGGGUAUGAACGUCAACUUGAUGUGCCAGUACGUUGAGUUUGUUGCUGACAGAUUGCUUGUUGCUUUGGGCAACAAGAAGGUGUACAACGUGACCAACCCAUUCGACUUCAUGGAGAACAUCUCGUUGGCUGGUAAGACCAACUUCUUCGAGAAGAGAGUGUCUGACUACCAGAAGGCUGGUGUCAUGGCUAAGACCAACGACGCCACCAGCAACAGCAAGACCUUCACUUUCGACGAUGACUUCUAA